GUGCCCGUCUGGCGGGCCCGCAUGAUCUAGGAGCGGCCGCCCUCCCGCUGACCCCGCCCGGCCGGAAUCGGAGAUGGCGCGCGCGCCGGUGCGCAGCUCUCAGGCCAAGGUGGUCUCCAACAUCCUGGAGAAACACGGCUACCAGCUCGGGCAGUACCUGGGCAAGGGGGCGUACGCCAUUGUGUGGGAGGCUUACUUCAAGAAGUGGCGCACCAACGUGGCCGUCAAGGUGCUGAUGAAGGACAAGGCUGAGGCGGAGUUCCUCAGCAAGUUCCUGCCGCGUGAGAUCCAGGUCUGGAAAGGCCUCAAGCACCCCAACCUGAUCAACUUCUACCAGUCGAUCGAGACCACCAACCGGGUCUACAUCAUGCUGGAGCUGGCGCCCGGCGGGGAAGUGAUGGACAAGAUCCGCAUGAAGGGGGCGUGCGACGAGAGGACGGCGGGCAAGUGGUUCGAGCAGCUGUGCCAGGGCAUGGCCUACAUCCACAGCAAAGGCGUGGUGCACCGGGACCUGAAGCUGGAGAACCUGCUCCUGGAUCAGCACGACAACAUCAAGAUCUCCGACUUCGGCUUCUGCAAGUUCGCCGCGACAGACGUGAAGAAUCUCAAGCAGGUGCAGCUCAGCGAGACCUACUGCGGCAGCUACGCCUACGUGCCCCCAGAGGUGCUGCAGGGCAUCCCCUACAACCCCUUCCUGUCCGACGUCUGGAGCAUGGGGGUCAUCCUGUUCACGCUGAGGACGGGCAAGCUGCCCUUCGACGACUCCAACCUGCGCCGGCUCCUCAAGCAGAUGAUCAAGGGCCCCAUCUUCACCCAGAAGCACGCCUCCAUUUCUCUGGAGUGCAAGGAUCUGGUGAGGGGCACGCUGGCCUCUGACGUCCAUCGGUACUCGCUGCACACCAUCUUCGACCACCCCUGGAUGCUGCCCCUGGUCCGGGAGAGACCGCCCUACCUCAGGGACAUGGACGCCCUCUACCUGCGGCCCCACCUUCGCCGGAGCACCCAGCGCCUCAUGACCAUCCGGCACACCGACGGCGGCACCCGCAGCACGGCCAACCUCGUCAGCUCCACCAGAUUGGUGCACCCCGAGGCGCUGCGCUCCCCUUCCCCCCCACCUUCACCACCCGCCCACCGCCCUCCCCUCCACGCACGCCCUCCGCUCCAGAGAAGUUGGGGGGGGCGGGAGGAAGGGGGGAGAGCAGAGAGUGAGAGAGAGAGAGAGAGAGGGAGAGGAUUGGCCAAAGAUGGCAGGAGGAGGGAGUGAGAGAGAGAGAGAGACAAUCGCGAUGGAAGUCUGCUGAGGAGACCCGCCCCCGUUCCCAACCCCCCUCCCCUUGUCCUCCCCUUCCUCCCUUCCCUCACACACUGCUCCCCCUUCCCCUCUCCUUCCCCCCAUCUCCCUUCCCUCCAUCCCUCUGCUCCCACCUCCACUCCCCCUCCCUCCUCUCCGCUCCCCCCCACCUCUCUCCCCAACCUCCCCUCCCCUCCAGUCCCC